AUGGAACAACAAAUCACCCAAGCAGUGGAAAUUGCCUUAAAUAAUUCCAAUAAAGAAUUACACGAUCAGGCUAUUGGUUACAUUAAUACUAUCAAACAAACUAAAGAGGGUUAUGAAUCAUGUUUAAAUCUUUUGACCACAAAAGUAUCUGAAGAGCUCAGAUUUUUCAUUUUUCAGGUUAUUGAAGAAAAUCUUCAAAAUUUAAGUGACCAAGAGAUCUUUACUUUGAAUGAAAUAUUAAAUAACUAUUAUUUGGAGAUAAUCAAGUCAUCCAGUUAUUUGAAAAACAAAUAUUGUGAAAUCUUAUCUAAAAUAUUCUGUCAGGUAUAUUUGUCUCAAGAUGAUUUCUUAACCAAAUGGUUAGUCAAGUUGGAUGGAGCUGAUGAGGACUUGAUCGAUAUUUAUUUGAGAUUAAUGAUCUCUAUCCAUGAAGAAAUUGCAGACAAAUUGAUCAACCGAGAUAAUUUCAUCAACGAAAGAAAUACUUAUCUUAAAGACAAGAUCCGAUCAAAUGACAUGAAUCUUUUAAUCAAAAGUUGGUCCAACAUCAUUUUGAAGUACAAGGAUAACCAAGAGAAUGAAAAACAAAAGAAUAAUUUGAACAAUGCUUUGAUCAUUGUAGGAAAUUAUGUUCAAUGGAUGGAAAUAUCACUUUUCAUUGAAAACGAUAUGAUCAAUUCCCUUACUCUGUUAGUCAAUAAAGAAAACAGUCAAAGUUGUAUCACAAUUAUUGAAAUAAUCUCCAAGAAAAUGAACAGCGAUAAGAAAUUCCAAUUACUUAGAUUAUUGGAUUUAUCGUCGUUUAAACCUUCAGAUGAUAUCUUUUUUCUUGAAAAUUUCGCUAAACUUAUCAAUACCAUAGGGUUUGAAAUUUGUAUCAUUAUGGAAAAUACCAGCAAUGUCAUGGAAUACGUUUAUUAUUUAAAUACUUUGUGGCCAUUAAUUUUAGAAUAUUUAGCCAACGAGUAUGAUGAGAUUUCCGUUCAAACUUUCCCAUUCAUACAAUCUUUUCUUACUUUAUGUAAAAAGAAUAAUGCUUUAGUUAAUGAGAACUUAUUAAAGAAUCUUUUGAUGGCUUUAAUAUUAAAAAUGAAAUUCGAAGAUGAUAUCAAAUUUACUGAUGAUGAUCUUAUCGAGGAAUUCAAUGAAUUUAGAACCAAAUUGAAAUUUUUCCAAGAUUUGAUUGCUUCCAUUGUUCCUGAAGUGUACUUUACCAUUGUUCCUAGUAUUAUUCAUUACUGUUUGAUGAAAGAUUUUGGACAAUUUAGUGAUACCGAGGAAAUCAGAACAUUAACCUCAAAAUUACUGGGUGGUUGGGAAGUUUUUGAAUUGGGUUUGUAUGAGUUCAACAAUUUGUUUGAUUCCAAAGAGACCAAAGCUUCUAAAGACGAAAUUUUAAGUAAUAUCAACUUGAAACUUAUCAAUUUACCAUUGAAAUUCUUCGAAAAUGAAUUGAUCCAAAUCAAUUUAUUCGAGAUCUUAGUCAAGAAUUACAAAUCACUCGACGUCAGUUUGAAAGAGAAUCAUGAUAUGAUCUACAAAUACUUUGAGUUAUUCGAAGUGAUUGGUUUGAAUAAUCCUAUUGAAAAAAUCAAAUUUAGAUGUUGGUAUCAAUUCCUUAAAUUCAUUAAACUCAUAAAACCAGGUUUGAUCAGUGACAACAUCAUUAUAGAAAAUCUUUUCAAAUCACUUAUCACCAACAAUUUAUUGACCAUUAAUAUAGCUAAUUUGAAUAUCAACUCCACUGUUAACGUGGACAACGUUGAUGAUAAUAUCGAGGAAAACGAUUCUUACUUCCAAAAUCAAUUGUACAUUUUCGAAGCCAUUGGAUUAUUGAUUUCCAUCUCAAACAUUGCUGAUGAUUUCAAAGUUAAACUUAUUGAUCUCGUUUUGAGUCCAGUUUUCAAAAACCUCGAAGAUUUUAUCAAAAUCAAACAAACUAAUCCAUUAUUUAAUCUCAAACCAUUACCUUUGAAUGUCGAAAUCAAUUCUUUAAUCAUUCAAUGUCAUCACAAUCUCAUUCUAAUUGGAACGUUCAUCAAAGGAUUCAAUGAAAAUUCCGUAUCCAAAGAAAUUAUCGACAAGUUCCAUCAAUGUAGUAAGAUCAUACUCAUCACCAUGGAAAAUUUCAAGAAUUUCAGAAUUAUCAGAGAAAGUUCUAGAUUUUCAUUUGCUAGAAUUAUUCCUUUACUCAAUGAUUUAAUCAUUAAUGAAUUGAAUAAAUUAAUAUCAAUUUAUCUUUCCAAUGAGUUGAAUUUGAUUGAAUUUACAGACUUCAUGGCAUUCAUCAAUCAAAUCAUUCACAAUUACAACAACGAAAAUAUCUAUAACAUGUUGAAUUCACUCAUCACUCCUUUGGUUGAUAAAAUCUUCAUUUUUUUGACGGAAAACUUCGAUUCUCCUGAUGUUAAUUUGUUAGAAAAGAUGUUCCUUAAUUUCUUAUCCACUAUUGUUAUUAACCACAAAACUAGUAUUUUAGUUACUGAGUCAAACAAAGUUAUUUUGCCUCAAAUAUUUGACAAAAUCUUUGCUAAUUGUUAUAAAGAUUUUGAUGAUUUAACAAUCAAUAAGUUGUCCAUCACUCAAUUGAUCAAUUUCUUAAGUAUCUUCAAAGAUGAUAAAAUAGUGGAUGCUAAAGAUAUUUUCAAUUCCAAUGCAUCAGUAGAAGGGAUCAAUGAUUAUCUUUAUAAAAAUUGUAUCAAUUUGUCAUUUGAAUUACCCUUCAAAUUCACCAAUAAACUCGUUAUCAAUGAGAUUUCUGUCUUGCUUAAAACAAUGUCCAAGAAUGAAAGUUUAGUGGGAGUUUUGGAUGGUUAUUUGACUGGUAAAAUCAACAAUGAUUUGAAAUCUGAGUUCAUUGGAAAUUUGAUAAAAUUAGACCAAAAGGAUUUCAAAGCUUAUUUCAAUCAAUUUGUGUUGAAUAUGAAGCAGAGCAGUUAA